AUGUCUGAGGCUGAAGUGCAGGUUCCCGCUGACGUCUUCGCUGAGGCGGCCGGCGACGCCGAGUUGGCAGCCUUCGUCAAGGAGGUGCAGACCGCUGCCGUAGAUUCCAACAAGCCCUACGCAUUGCGGGUAAUGAGCAAUGGCAAAUUCCUGCAGUGGACUGUGGGGCCCUACAGGGGCGUUGCCAACGCCGCCUUCAAGAGGGGCGCUGGAAACUUCCGCGGCCACGGGACGAAUGGCGAGUCCGCGGCCAAGACUGGUCGAUUCACUUUGGUCCUUGCGCCCCGCACUGUGCACCUUGUUUUGACGGACGAUAAAGGCGAGCUUGUGUUUGACUUCACUGCCGGGGGGUUGGAGAAGGGAUUGGAUGGCAGUUACGAGGGAAGGUGGUCUUACUUCGGGUGA